AUGGCCUCGUCGGACCACGAGAUGCAGGACGCUCCCCGGACUGCCAUCCUCAUCUCUUCAAGUCUGCCUACUUCCCGCGGAUCAAGUCCGACUGCCCACUCGACACCCGCAAGGGACCGGGACAUUCUCUCCCUCAGCAAUUUGCUUUCUCGACAACACACCGACGACGACGGCGCCACCACUGACCACGACCACGACCACGACCACGACCACGAUCAUGCCACCGUCGACCCCCCAACCAGCGCCUCUGUCACUCCGCAGACCACGCCCGUCACCGCACCCACCGAGCCUGGUCCCGAGCCAAAGCCCAAGAAGAAAAAGCGCCGGGUCUCGAGGUCGCCGUCCCCGCUCCCUGCACCGCCUCCCCCUAUGCUCACCGUCCGCCUCGAGUGGAAUCUGCCCAAACCUGGCACCCACGAGCACAACGAAUCCUAUGCUAUCAAUGUCCGCGACAUGGCACGGGAGAGCGGCCAGCGACAUGCGACACCCAUCCCUACUCGUCGCAUCGACGACUAUUCGGACGACGACGGCGUCAAGGGGGAUACGUCCGCCGUUGAAGGCGCAGGCAAGGAGAUCAAGAAGAAGCGCAGAAAGAGGAGGGAGGAAGAGACCGAGUACGAUUUGAGCGAUGCCUUUAUUGAUGAUUCCGACCUUCAACGCGAUUCGAGGACCCAUUUUGCCCAGACCAAGCAGCAGGGAUUCUAUGUUAGCAGCGGAGAAGUUGCCCUCGUCAAGGACAAAACGGUUCCUAAGCCUCGUAAACGAGUUUCCAACGCCCCAUCCAAGCCCCUGUCCAAAGUUGCCGCGACCAAAGCAGCAGCCCAGCGCGCUGCGUCCAGUUCAGUGGCAAAUGCAUCCUCCGCAACAGCAGGAGCAGGAGCUGGGGCAGCGAACACGUCGACCGCAACAGCUGGAAACACAUCUACACUCAGCGUCUCCAUCCUCGCCGCUGCCCUUCCCCAACCCCAACCGAUGCUCACGGUUGGCGCACCCGUCUACCCACGCACGCCCACUCCGCCCAGCUCGGGUGCUCAAACACACAGUGCCCAGUCGUUGCCGCCCAUCUCCACCCCGUCCAACGAUCCUGGUUUCAAGCCCAUGUCGAGUUUUGCGCCCGAGGCGAGUCCGAUGGAUGGGAAUACGAGUCUGGGAAUGAAGAGGCAACGGACAGAGACAAAUGGUGUUGGAAACGUGACGACUCCUGUGGGCGGGAAGAAGCCCAGAAAGACAUUGGUGGAUACGAGGCUGAAAGAGCUGCAUGAAGAGAUCAAGACUUAUUCUUGGGAAAACAAAGCCAAGUUCCCCCCGAACCUGAAGCCUCGUUUGACGACUGUCGCGCUAGAAGCGCUUAAACUGGGCGAAUACAAUGAAAACUUCUUCAAUUACUUGCCCAAGAUUUUCCCGUACAACCGGUUUACGAUGCUCAAACUCACUCGUCGGUUAAUGUACAAAGAUCAUAGUGAAAUACUACGGAAACGGGGUGAAGAGCUUUUGGUCGAGUUGAAGCAGCUCGUUGAUCAGGGAUUGCCCGACCAAGAGAGGUUGCAUGCGGAUGCUAUCAAAGCCUGGGAAGUAUCCGUGUUUGCUAAAUGGCAAGAAGAAUACACGCAGGCGUUGGCGAACCAUGUGCCCCAGGAACAGCUACCACCUAAACCUGACAUCCCGCCUCCUCCUAAACGCUACAAAUGGAACGACGCGAUCAAGGAGAAUGUGUGGCAGCAAGUGUGCCUGUGUAACGAGUCGGCGGCGCUGGCAAACGAAGCUCAUGGAUUCGACCAGAACCUUGCUCCCAAAACGAGCGAACAGUCUCUCCGGAAGAGCUUGUACCAAAAGAUUGUAGGCGUGUUCCCCGAGGGAUGGCUGAAUAGUAAUUUAAUUUCGAGAGAAGUCUCGGAGAUGAAGCGUAAAGAAAAGAAGGUGGCAGACGCAGGCGAAGGAGAUGACGAAGACGAGGGGCAUGCAUAG